GAUCGCGCGCUGCUCUCGGCUGAAACAGUGCUGCUCGUGCUGGGCGCGUUCGCGAGUGUCUGACUGAAGAUGACUGCGGGCAAAGCCAAACUCACCCAUCCUGGAAAAGCCAUCCUGGCAGGUGGAAUCGCAGGUGGCAUUGAAAUCUGCAUCACGUUUCCUACAGAAUAUGUGAAGACUCAACUACAGUUAGACGAGAAAGCCAAUCCACCCCGUUACAGAGGAAUCACGGACUGCGUAUCACAGACAGUCCGUCAUCAUGGAGUGAAGGGUUUAUAUCGAGGCCUGAGCUCGCUGCUGUACGGAUCCAUCCCUAAAUCUGCAGUCAGGUUUGGUGUUUUUGAGAUACUCAGUAACCAGAUGAAAGAUGAGGCUGGGAAGCUUGACAGCACUCGUGGGUUAGUCUGCGGUUUGGGUGCGGGCGUGAUGGAGGCCGUCCUGGUCGUCUGUCCCAUGGAGACCAUAAAGGUGAAAUUCAUCCAUGAUCAAAGCUCAUCUAAUCCCAAAUACAGAGGCUUUUUCCACGGAGUGCGAGAGAUCGUCAGAACUCAAGGAAUCAGAGGGACGUAUCAAGGUCUCACCGCGACUGUCCUCAAACAGGGAUCCAAUCAGGCCAUUCGAUUCUUCGUCAUGACCUCACUCAGGAACUGGUACAAGGGUGACAAUCCCAACAAAUCCAUCAACCCCAUCAUCACAGGAGCGUUUGGUGCGAUUGCAGGAGCCGCCAGUGUGUUUGGAAACACACCGCUGGACGUCAUCAAGACCAGAAUGCAGGGUUUGGAAGCUCAUAAGUAUAAAAACACAAUGGAUUGUGCCAUGAAGAUUAUGCGGCAUGAAGGACCAGCAGCGUUUUAUAAAGGCACAGUCCCGCGGCUGGGCCGAGUGUGUUUGGACGUGGCCAUCGUCUUCAUCAUCUACGAGGAGGUUGUGAAGGUCUUAAACAAAGUCUGGAAGACUGAGUGAACAAACAGAGAUGAAAAGACGAGACGCCAUCACUGUGACGGAGCUGUUCACGUCUGCAGUCAUGCCGGGGUUUGGUUUAUUCCCAUUAGUUCUGCCUUUAAACACGCACAUACAGUAAUAUUUAACAAAUAAUCAUUUUAUUUCAUACAACAGCUCCUUAACCUAGUCAAAUGAACAUUAAACAAUGUAAGUGCCAAAUUUAACAGAUUUUGUUUAUUAAUAAAUAGAUGAUUUAACUGCUAGGUUUAAUAAAGAGUAAAUAGACACACACACACGUACGUUUACAGACGUUUGCACGUCUCUGAGCCAGAGAAAUAAUCUAGAGAAAAGUGUAACAGUAAAUGUGUUUAAUGUUUUAACCAUGAGAAUAUUUACAUAUUGGGGGUGUAUGAAUAUUUAUAGAUAGAUUUACAUAUAAAGAGAAAUUUAACUACAGAUCAUUCCAUAAUACAGUGUGAAAAUAAUUUAAAAUUAUUUUUUUUAAUGUUUCUGACAUUUGUACUUAAAGUGUUUUGUUUUUAUCUAAGGUUAAUAUUUUUACAUUCGUAAAACCUUUUUUAUGAAUUAAUUUGAAUAUAUUUGAUAUUUAUUUCCCUGUUGCACACGUGCCUUUAACCAUCAAACUUUUUAGAAAUUUAUUUUUCUGAACAACACAGACAUUUUAAAGAUUUUUUUGUCAGUUUCGAAACAUCUUUUGUCAGUCGUGACCUUCUGUUCAUGUGCAAUAUCAACUGUAUUAUGUAUAACUUGAAUACAGUUUCAGUGAAUGUCAGAUACAUACAUGUACUGUAAAUGUGACUGAUAACAAAGUGGUUUCACCUCUAAAUGGAUCUGAUAUACAGUAGAUUACUUAAGUGUUUUCUGUGUAAACCCUUCAGUUUUUACAGCAUGAAUCUCCAGCUGUGUGUGUCAGUAUCUGUUGUAUGAGGUGAAUAGUGUCAUGUGUCUGUUAUUGAUCAUAAUUGAAUCCGCAGUGCUGCUGCUGGCCGCUAGAGGGCAGCAGCAGCAUGGAAAAUGGAUCUCAUGCUUCAGUGUUGAUCCCUGUGUGUAUUUUAGGGCCCGUUAGAAAUAUUCCGUGGGAUUGUUUGUGCCAUAUAUGUGUAUGUUCUUGGCUUUUUUUUGUAGGUCUAGAGUGAAGGCUUCAUACUAAAUGCUAUUGUGCUAAUAAAAUGAUUUUAUUUUCACAGUUAAAUCAAUUCUGACAUUAUUAUUGUGUUUUUGGUUCUUGAAGUUCUACAAAGAACCAAAAAAGAAUGUUUAUUUUAAAGUCUGUAUGUUAAUAUAUAUUUAAAAGUUGUUGUUUUUUUUAAAGAAAUAAAUACUUCUAUUCAUCAAGGGCGCAUUAAAUUGAUCAAAAGUGACAGGAAAGACUGUUAGAAUGUUAGAUAAUUUAGAAUGUUACAAAUGAUUCUAUUUCAAAUAAAUGCUGUUCUUUUUAAGAUUC